GCCACGGCCGAUGUCAGGAUGCCCGAGCAGAGCAACGACUACCGCGUGGUGGUCUUCGGCGCCGGCGGCGUCGGCAAGAGCUCCCUCGUCCUGAGGUUCGUCAAGGGGACCUUCCGCGAGUCCUACAUACCCACCAUCGAGGACACCUACCGGCAGGUCAUAAGCUGCAACAAGAACAUAUGCACGCUACAAAUAACGGACACAACGGGGUCUCAUCAGUUUCCCGCGAUGCAGCGGCUCUCGAUAAGCAAGGGCCACGCAUUCAUCUUGGUCUACUCAGUGUGCUCGCGACAGAGCCUCGAGGAACUCCGACCGAUUUGGGCGGUAAUCCGCGAGCUCAAGGGCCAGGACAUCUCGCAGAUACCCAUCAUGCUGGUGGGCAACAAGUGCGACGAGAGUCCCUCGGUGAGGGAGGUCUCCAUGAGCGAGGGCGCGGCCGAGGCCGCGAACUGGGGCUGCGGCUUCCUGGAGACCUCCGCCAAGACGAACCACAACGUCAACGCCCUCUUCCGGGACCUGCUCACCCUGGAGAAGAACCGAUCGGUCUCGUUGCAGCCGGUCCAGAGUAACAGCGCGAUAAGCCUUAAGGAGAAAUGUGCCGUUAUGUAA